CAACCAUGCCAGCUUGUUUUGUUAUGCUUUCGGAUAAGAGAACAGAAAAAUAAAAAACUGAAGCCAACAGAAACGCUUUGAAAACAAAUUUAAAUGGCGGUACUGAGCUCUUCUUCACCUUGUAUAAGGUUACGACCAGUUUCAUUUCCUUGCAAUAAGACCCCUACAACUUCAAACUCUCUUAGCUUCAAAACCGUUCUGCUCUACGACCACCACAAAAGGUCCCCCUUUCGCGUUUCGGCCGCCAUCUCAAACUCCAAAGCUCGUUUCAUUGCCCGGCGCAAAGAGUCCGUUACGGUUCGCCAGCUCCAGCGGCCUCUAAUGGAGUAUAUGAGCUUGCCGGCGAGUCAGUACUCGGUGUUGGAUGCGGAGAGGAUAGAGAGAGUGGAUGAUAAUACUUUCAGAUGUUAUGUGUAUAGGCUCAAGUUCUUUGCGUUUGAAGUUUGUCCAGUUUUGCUUGUUAGAGUUGAAGAGCAGCCCAACGGUUGCUGCAUUAAGCUCUUGUCCUGCAAGCUUGAGGGCUCACCAAUUGUGGUAGCGCAGAAUGACAAGUUUGAUGCUUCUAUGGUAAACAGAAUAUCAUGUGAUAGCAGCAACAGCAACUCAGCAAUACAACAACUAACUUCAGAUGCAAUUAUUGAGGUUAGCAUUGAGAUCCCUUUUGCAUUUAGAGCACUUCCAGUGGAAACGAUAGAAUCAACUGGGACACAAGUCCUAGAGCAAAUACUUAAACUAAUGCUUCCUCGCUUUAUGGCUCAGCUCGUAAAAGACUAUCAAGCAUGGGCUACAGGCAAUAGCUCGAGGCAGCCGCUUGGAACUGGUGAGAUUUGAAAUUGCAAAGAACAAGAUUGGCUAUUACCGAUUAUGAAUCCGUAAGCUUCUUUAACUGAAUGUGAGCCUUUUCAAGUUUAUACUAUAUGCUCUAGGUUCACUUUGUACAUACCCUAGAUUGUUUAUUGAGAGAGAACAUUAUUUACUUCUAAAGAAAUUAUUUUUGCCCA